GAAAUACUCAGUAAAAACAGCCAUGUGUUUAACAGCAUUUCUGUGAGCAAAAACGACACGAAGAGCCAUGUUUCUAGCAUAACGGUGACUGUAGAGCAGCCGAGCGGUGCGUCACAUGGCACGACGCGGAGGGGAUUUGCACUUUUGAUGGAGCAGGAGCACACAUUGAGUUGCACACAAGGUUCAUUUCUGUCAGCUGAUCCAGGGAGCCAUGCCUAGCCAUAAAGGCGGUCUUCAGGUCUGCAGGUGUCUCCCGUCUUUGAUCAACAUGACUCACGUCUUUGUCUAUGGGACCCUGAAAAAGGGGCAGCCCAACUAUUACCGCAUGUUCGACCAGGCCAACGGCAAGUCAGAAUUCCUGGCAUCGGCCCGCACCACCGAGAAGUUCCCGUUAGUGAUCGCCGGUCAGCACAACAUCCCUUUCCUCCUUAACAUUCCCGGCCAGGGCCAGCGCGUCCGAGGGGAGAUCUACAAAGUCGAUGACCAGAUGCUGAAGUUCCUGGAUGAUUUCGAGACUGUUCCCACCAUGUACCAGAGGACUGAAGUGAAGCUGGAGGUGGAGGAAUGGGUGGGACAAACGGCUGGAGAGAAGACCCCAUCACCGGGAAGCAUUGUGGAAGCGUUUGUGUACAGCACAACCACAUACAAACCAGACUGGCCCGCUCUGCCCAACUAUGAGAGCUAUGAUUCGUAUGGGAGUCACGGACUGGAGUAUGUCACCAGAGAAGGAAGACAAUGACACCCAGGUUAGUUAGGGCUAGGUAUUGCAAAGGCAGUAAAGUUUCACAGUGUGGUACUUAAGUUACCUUCCGUUAGUUCUGCUAAUUUGUAUGAGGCCCUGUUCACACCUGGCGUGACCACUUGUGAUCGAAUCUCACCUCCCCACUUCACAUGCGAAUACAAACCUACAUCUUUUUCGUUUGCAAAGUCCAAAUACGUUGUUGUUUUUCACCACCUGAAGGCAAUAAUACACUUCUCAUGUAUAACAAAUGCCCAAAAGGAGUGUGUGUUGUGUGUACUCCAUCCAUGGGAAUCCAUUUUGCCCAUGGUUGUUGCUUCUUCUUGAUGCUUCGCACUGUAAUAUGAUGCCGUUGGUGCACAAAGAAAAGCAUGUACUGCCGCUGAAGCUGAGGAUGUCAGUUGAGCAGGCGGUCCUUCAGUGUGAGCCAUGACACAUUCUUGCACACACUGCUAAAAGAAUGUGACUGUACGUGGCCCAGACCACUUCUGAAUGUGGUCUGAGCUUUUGGAUCUCAGUGUGCCUCAAUGCUUCUCGGAUCACCCAAGACGCAUUUUAUUGCCAGUUGCGAACAGGGCCUCAGAGCAAAGCAGAAGUUCAUUGGAAGACAGUGCUGCUUACAUAAAUACAUUUAAACAGGUUAUCUUUGUUUCUGGCUUAAAAAUUGACAUAAAGGAAGAAUCAAGGGCAGAUUAUGCCUCCCUGUUUACCCUAAAGCAGUCUUGAUGAUUCAUCAUGAAAAUGAACUGGCAGCUGCUGUCAUGCAAAUGUAGAGUGUGCAUAAAUACCUUUCAACAGUCUGAAUAACUAGAAUGCUUCAGUUAAUUACCUCAUUCUCGAUUUGUAUGAUGAGCACACUGUUCAGUUCAAGAAUGUCUCCACCUUUGAUCAAAAGCACACACUGUGCAAAUGGAUGUGAAUCUAACUUGGUAACACUGACAGUUCAGCCACAUAAUGUAACAACAUGACCCCAGGUUUUUUUUUUUUUUUUUAAAUGAGUUUUAAAAUGUCUUUAUAAUCUUGAAAUUGUCUCUAUUCAAAGCCUUGAAAUUGCUUAAGCACAGUUUAAUGUUUGUAAAUGUAAAAUACUUUUUUCUGGCUUACUCUUGAACCACUUUCCAUUGCAACCCAAACAUUCAAUCAUUUUUAUCAUAUUUUGACUUUGCACAUUAUACUUUGAUGGACUUUAAUGGACUUUGGUGUUCAGUUUCGAACAGGCUGCAGACUUACUUCUUCCUUGAAAACUAACUUGGCUAAAUUUAGUGUUGAAUGUUGCCCAACAGGCUUGUGAAAUUGCCGUCUCAGGGUUUCGGACCAAGUGUGACGUAAGAAAAAGGCACUGCUUUGUGUCUGAAAGCUCACACUACAUGCUGUUUACUGUGAAACCAAACAAGACAUAUCAAGAAACCAUAAUUUCAUAUUUGUGAUGGGGUGGUGUGCUGUUAAUUUGGUCAACUCUUACUAGAGUUUUCCUGUUAUUAAAUUCGAAUAUCCACAGAUACUGUAUUUACCUAUUGAACAGAGCUUUCACACAUAGCUUACCUCGUCUAAUGUUGCUCCACCCUCUUCUGUGUUUGUUCCUUUCAGUGUGCCUUGGUCCUUCCUACAUGCACUCCUUAUUCUGUCAUCAAUGAUGUUAGCCUAGACACCAGUACAAAUUGAUGAUAUUGAUAUAAAUAAAGGGUUGAACAACA